UUGGGUUGAUAUAUAACUCGACCCAUUUCAGCUUUGGAUGAGUCAAUAACUCGGCCAUUCUGACCCAUCUCAUUUCAGUAGCCCUAGCAACCUUUGGGCAAGUCAAUUAUUCGUCCAUUUAACACCUCUGCAGCUAGACAAAAAACAAUAAAGUCAUUUCUACCAAAGGACUUACAAGGUUUUUAAGACAGCCAACUAACAGCAACAACCUACUUUGAAACUGUCAAGCAGCCAAAGAUGAUAACAAAAUGAAUAUGUUAUUGAAAAUAUAAACAAGAAGAAACUCUUUUCCUUCACUUUGAUCAGAAAAUGGUCCAACCAAGAAAUCAUUCCAACAGUUCUUUUCUACAUCUUUCCUCUGUCAAACUAUGCAACAGUAGCUUGAUUGAUCUUAUGUAUACCAGUUCUUUCACUGACUAGUUUUAUCUACUCACUUUUUGGCUGAAAUGGAUAUACCAGGGCCACCUCCAACAAACUCAUCUCAGAAACAUGUGGUUCUGAAGGCUGUUAUUGCUGCAGUUCUAUCUACUUUGGUAGUCGCUGGCAUACUAUUUUAUUUCUUCUACAGAUACUAUGUAAUUCGUCGAUGGAAGAAAAACAAGUUGAAUUCAAGUUUUCGUAGAGAAGUGCCUCAUCAAGAAUUCCAGCAAACUGGGGCUUUAAAAGGGUUGAUAGUUGAUGAAAACGGGCUUGAUGUUAUAUAUUUGAGAAGAUUCGAAGGAAGCCAACUAGGAAGUUGUUUUUCUAAGAUUUGGGUGAAUCAUAUGGACGAGGAUGAGGAUGGGGAGGAAGAGAAGAGGAUUGAUAGCAGACGAGAGCAACCAGUUUCAAGUGAUCACAUUCAAGAAAUGCCUUUACUGCAAAAUUGUAGCAAUGUAGGUAGCUAUGAGAAUAAAGAGGCAGUUACUGCAUCACAACAAAGAACUAACUCGCUCUUUGCAGCAAGCAGAUCUUCAAAACAGCCAUCAACCUCAUUACUGUUUCAACAAAAGGAAAUCAUUCCGCCUCAGCCAGAAACACCUUCUGAACUAGCAGUUGUCUCGAGUCAAAAUCCGCCUCAGCCACCGAUACAUCCACCAGCUCCACCACCUCCUCCGCCUCAGCCACCAGCACCAGCUCCUCCUCCGCCUCCCCUUCCAAUGAAGAGGAUUGCCAAAGCACCAACACCACCUAAUGCAGGAAAGAUAAAAUCGUCUCCACCAUUCCCCCCACCAAAGGGGGAUGGUUUAAGUUCAUUGAUAAAACCACCUAUUGCACCAAGAGGGAAUGGGAGCAGGAAAGAUAAAGCAGAAGCUCAAAACAAAGAGAAGUCGAAAGAAAACGGUGAAACUAAAGUCAAAUUGAGGCCACUGCACUGGGAUAAAGUCGUUGCUAAUGCUGAUCAUUCUAUGGUCUGGGAUGAAAUCAACAAUGGAUCUUUCCGAUUUGAAGAUGACCUUAUGGAAGCUCUGUUUGGAUACAAUGUCACUUCCAAGAGAACCCCUGAAGGAAAUAGGGCGACAACAAGCUCAGGCACUUCUAAGUUGGCUCGACCAACUCAAAUGUUUAUCCUCGAUCCUAGGAAGUCACAGAACACAGCAAUUGUGCUAAAGUCUCUUUCAGUCUCUCGCAAAGAAAUUCUUGAUGCCCUGAUGGAGGGCCAAGGACUCAGUGUUGACACUCUAGAAAAACUAACCAAGAUUUGCCCAACUGAAGAAGAAACGUCUAAAAUCCUUCAAUUUGAUGGUAACACAAGAAAACUUGCUGACGCAGAGUCUUUCCUCUACCAAAUGCUGAAAGCUGUUCCUUCAGCAUUUAAACGUUUCAACGCGAUGCUUUUCAGAUCAAACUAUGAUCCAGAAAUUCUUAACCUCAAGGAGAAUCUACAAACAAUUGAGCUGGGUUGUAAGGAAUUGAGAACAAGUAGAAUUUUUAUAAGACUUCUGGAAGCGAUUCUUAAGGCUGGCAAUCGGAUGAAUGCAGGAACGGCUAGAGGAAAUGCUCAGGGAUUCAACCUUAGUGCUUUACAAAAACUAUCAUAUGUGAAAAGCAAUGAUGGAAAGACUACUCUGCUUCAUUUUGUAGUCGAACAAGUCAUCUGUUCUGAAGGUAAACGUUGCCUUAUCAAUAAAGGUCACAAGGAUGAUUCCGAUAGAAAAACAGAAAAAGUAGAGAAAGAUACUGAGCACCUAACACUAGGUUUACCAGUAUUGCAAGGAUUAAGUUCCGAAUUCUCUAAUGUAAAGAAAGCAGCUACCAUAGACUACGAUAGUUUCAUCAAUACAUGUUCCACUCUUACAACACGGGUAAAUGACGUUAAGCAUCUCAUAACGUGUUGUGGAAUUGCUGAAAGGGAUCAAUUUGUAAAAGAGACUAAAGGUUUUCUAGAGGAAUGUGAAGAGGAACUCAAGCUGAUCAGAGAAGAACAAACAAGAGUUAUGGAACUUGUCAAGAGAACGACAGAGUAUUACCAAGCAGGAACUUCGAAGGAAAAAAGCACACAGUCACUUCAGUUGUUUGCAUUUGUGAAAGACUUUCUCGACAUGGUUGACAAGGUGUGUGUUGAUAUCACAAAGAAAGUACAGAAGAAGAGUGCAGCAACUGUAGAGUCAUCACCACCCCGAUCACCACGACCAAUAACUCCUGUGAGGUCCCAUAACUUAAUAACAUACUUUACACCAGAAAUAGCAAGUAGUGAAUCUGAGAAUGAUUUCUGAUGGAACUUCAUCACUCAUAUUACUUCACUUUUUAGAUGAGUAGAUUGUCAAAAAAUAUUACUACUAAACUUGACAUUUUUUCAUAUUUGAAAUGUCACAUUAAUAUACUGGUCUACCCCCUCCUUCCCAGAAAGAGAAUAAACUAUGAUGAGUAGAUUGUCAAAAACUAUUACUACUAAACUUAACGUUUUUUCAUAUUUGAAAUGUCACAUUAA